AUGGCGCGGGUGUCGGUCCUAGGAGUUUCGUUGCUGGAGAACCCGAGCCCCUUCGGCCACCCGCUCCGCUUCCAGGUGCAGUUCGAGUGCGGAGAGUCGUUGCCUCACGACUUGGAAUGGAAGAUCAUUUAUGUGGGCUCUGCAGAAAGUGAGGAAUAUGACCAAAUUCUUGACUCAGUGCUGGUGGGACCUGUUCCAGCUGGGAGACAUAUGUUUGUAUUUGAAGCCAAUGCCCCCAACCCUGAUCUCAUCCCUGAGAGUGAUGCUGUGGGAGUUACAGUGAUACUCAUUACCUGCACCUACUUGGGUCAGGAGUUCAUCCGCAUUGGGUACUACGUCAACAAUGAAUAUAUGGAUCCGGAGUUAAGGGAGAACCCACCCCUCAAGCCAGAUUUUUCCCAGCUACAGAGGAAUAUCCUGGCCUCCAACCCCCGAGUCACUCGUUUCCACAUCAAUUGGGAUGGUCCUAGAGACCAGAUGGACAAUAUUGAAAAUGUAGACCCAGAGCCCGAUGGCUUCCUGUCUCCUAGCUGUGCCUACAUCAAAGGGACGCUCCCUUCUAUGGGUCUGCAGCCUGAGAAUUCCAUGGACUGUAUGUGAUCCAAGUACAAGAAUCUAAGAAACCUUGCAAGGAGAAGGCCAACUGACACAUUUUUGUGGGAAAUUUGGGAAGGAUUUGAGUAUCUGCGGCCAGUGAGACAUCUGAAAUCCUAAAUGGUGUGUCUAUAUAGACAGACAUUUCAGACCUCUUUUCCCUUUGUAUUUUGUGGCAGAUUAGCCUUCCAGUCUAUAGGUCUAGUUCUGCCGUAGUAUUUCUUGGUUGAGACCUGGACUCUCCUGCCACUUGACAGUCAUCUUGUCUAGGUGGCAGAGUAAAAAAGAAUCCUCUGCCAUAUCUUCUGACAUCUGAGUCCAGUAAGGGCUGCCUUGUUACUGGAAGCACCCAUCUUCUGAGAGUCUAAUGUAGUAGCCACCUUCAUUUCAGGAUACCCUCAACCUCUCUGCUCUUUCUAUUCCAAUAGAGAGAUAAGCUUUGAGGAGCUGCUGCUGACAAAAUGGCAAGGUGUUGCAGCCAGGUCUUGAUUCCUCCCUCUUAGGAGUUGAUGAUCCUGUCCCAGUUUUACAAUCCUUGUUCUGCUGUUGUGCUCAGCAUGAAAGGUGCUGGAAUAUAAGUUAAAAGCAGUAUAGGCUUCUUACUAUGUGAGAGUCCUCUAACACUGCUUUUGAGAGCCCCCUCGUCUAGCUUGCACUAGCUGCCCGUCUUUCUACCACUAUCCCAAAAGCUGCCCUCUCCAUGGCUAGAGUCAAUAGAAAUAAUAUCAACUCUUUUAGGCAGUAGCUAAGUUUACAAAUCUCUACAGAUGCCCUUGGCUGUGGGAGUAUUGAAUAUGCCUUUGUCAUAAGGUCUGCACUUGAGGCUGUCUUAAUACUGGUUAGUACAUAUUCUUUCCACCCCUACCAAGAGCCUGUAAAAGCUCUUUGCUCCCACUAGGAUGGCUUUUCUGAUAGAGCAGGAUUUGCAUGUGCAUGAUAGGGUGGUAGUUGUUUUUGGCCUGCUUCCAAUCCUGCGUCCUUAUUUUCAGAGAUUAUAUGCCCUAGCACUUAGCCUGUCUAUUUCUCUCCCUGGUAUUGUAGAGAUAUAUGCUGCAUAUAGGACUUUUAAUCAUUUUCACAUUGUGGAAUGGAUGUUCAACCAAUAAAACUUU